AUGGUCAGUAGUUUCUAUGCUGAUAUUGUGCGGACCAACACAGUUAUGGUGGAAUGGCAAAGUUCUAUAUUGGAGAGUACAGGGUCAUAUGUGUCGGCUGAGUCUGUGGCUAUUUCCCUGCUGAAGAAGUUCUCUGAGAAACAGUUACCAAAAGCGUCAGACCUGGAGUGGCUUGUGUCAGAACAAGAUGCUCCACAAGCCUUACUCCCCCUUCCUGACUCCUAUCCCAUCUCACCUGAUGAUGGCGAAAACUCUGAUCUUUUUAGAACAACAAAAAGACCACGUAUCCGAGGCAACUUAGAAUGGGCUCCACCAAGAGCUCAGAUCAUCUUCAACAUUCAGCCGUACAGGAAGCGUAAUGUGAUCCUGGCCAAACAGAACGACCGCUGUGCAGGCUGUGGUAUGAAGGUGGAACCAGGCUAUGUGAAGAGAUUUCGGUACUGCGAAUACUUGGGUAAAUACUUUUGUCAGUGCUGCCACACAAACUCCCUCUGCUACAUCCCUGGUCGCAUUCUACAGAAGUGGGACUUCACGCGAUACGCCGUCUCAAACUUCUCGCGGGACUUGUUAACUAAGCUGUUUGACAACCCUUUGUUUAACCUAGAGGACGUCAACCCAGGCUUGUAUAGGAAAGUGGGAUCGUUGACCGGAGUGAGAGACUUACGUACACAGUUACAUCACCUGGGAAAUUUGCUGAGGAUUUGUAAAUCAGCCAACAGAUUGUAUGAGGACAUACAAAGGUUACCUUCCCACUGGACAGACGAGAGUCAGCUCUACUCUGUGGCAGAUUUGCUCAAGGUUAAGUCAGGAGAGAUGCAGCAUAUUCUGAGGGAUGUCUUUGGGAGAGCCUCGGGUCAUGUGACAAGCUGUGAGUUCUGUCAUGGGAUGGGGUUUAUCUGUGAAUUCUGUAACAAUGCCAAAGAUGUGAUAUUUCCGUAUCAGCUGAACAAGGUCACUCUCUGUGAUGGAUGUAGAGCGUGUUACCACAAGACCUGUUUUGUCCCAGAAAAAUGUCCAAAAUGUGCCAGACUUGAAGCCAGACGACAAAGAUUGCUAAUGGUUACACCUUCCCCUGAACAUGAGCCAUCGCGACAAAACAACGACAACAUAAAACCCAUACUGAGUGAAGGUGACAGCUGAUAUUCACGCAAUUCCAAGCCCACACCAAAAGACCGUUGAGCGCAUUCUUCCAAAUGCUUGUGUGUGAUAUUUGGUACAAAUUUGUGAUAUUUGUAAUACUUUUGUCCGGUGACUUUUUCUACAAGCCACAUGUAAGUGUAGACAAGGUAUCCGACCAAUCUCUAUUGGUGCAGGUCACAAAAAUGACCAGUUGCUGACUUUGCUCAGAAUUGGAUAAAACAGAAAAUGGACCAUACACAAAUGUGCAAUGCAAUGUUGUGAUAUUUUUCUAUGAAACUUUUUUGUUUUUGUUGCUGUUGUUGACAUCAUUUAAUUUGUAUUGCCCAGGAUCUCCCAAUCAGCGUGUAUGUUGGUGAACAUAGGAAAGUGUAUUCUUGCGGCUUUGCAUACUGUAUUUUGAUUGGUAUUAUCUGGUCACGUGAUCAUGACCGAAACGACUGUCUGUUUUCCGGGAUUUUGUUGAGUUGAGAGAUUAUUUGCGUAAGGUGAUUUCUGGUAAAUUUUAUUUAAACCUAUGGAGUAUUUUAGGGAGGAUCCAGGAAUUGGGACCAUUGAUGGCCGUGGUUAUUUCGGCCAAAACCCCCCAAAAAACCAAUGAGGUCAAUGUUAAAUCUUCAUUUUAGAGCCACAGGAACAGCAGCUGUCAUGGUUUCCAGUGUGCUCUGCCCAUCUGCCUUAGCCCUAUGAGUUGCUUAUAAGUUAUAUAAGUAAAACAUUCCUGAGUAAGGCAUAAAACAACAACAGUCAAAUAAAUAAAUCAUUAAAUUAGACAGGUGUCACUGGGACAUUGCUCGGAAACUUUUGGAACACAUUUGUUAAACGGUGCUAUUUUGUACAUGUGUCCUCAUCCAUAUAAGUUAUUUUGCAAACAUUUAUUUAUUUCACUUGCCUUCUAUAAGCAUCCAAAUUAUUAAUGUAAUGACAUAUAUUGUAAGUUAUUGCAUUUGUUUUGAAUCAUCAUCAUUUUGCUUGGUUGAAAUGUUGCAAGUCUGUGUAAAAGGGUUAUGUUUAAUAUUUUUCUUAUCCAUGAAAUCGUUGCUCCCGGUUGCUUCAUAUACAUGUAUGUUACCGAAUCAAAAUAUUUUGUUAUUAGGAACAUGUUGCCAGUCUUUCCUGAUUUAUUCAACCGGUCAGUGGGGGUCAGCUGUUGCUGGGUUUUGUCUGCGACUAGUGAGAUGUUUGUCAGGUACCU